AUGUGGCAGUGGCGUCGUCAAUACUGCCGUACUGGUACCCGUUUCAGUCCGGCCAGCUGCUUAAUAACAGCACCAAGUACCUAUGUGACAGCGCCGGCUCUGUCCGCCGUGCUGGCGCGCCAGGUUCUGAGACAAGCUGACAACGUUUCCGACCCCAAUUCAUCCCCUAAAACUGCGUUUAUAUCCAGCAACGAGCACACGAACCAGGUGCUCCGAUUCCGCUGCGUCCAUCAUGCCCAAGACAGUCGUAUUUGCGCCGGAAUGUCCUUCAUUUGA